AUGGCAGCGAUCGAUUUACUUCUGUCGCUGGCUAUACCAGCUUUAAUAAUCAUACAUCUCCUCGUAGCGCCGUAUACCAAGGUAGAGGAGUCUUUCAAUAUACAGGCGACUCACGACAUCUUAGUGUACGGGACGCCCACCAAGGACGUAUAUCAACGGCUCUCGUCUCACUAUGAUCACUUCGACUUCCCCGGCGCCGUCCCUAGGACCUUCGUUGGCCCAGUUAUGCUUGCGGGGAUCAGCCAGCCUAUCAUUACGCUGGUAGGCUUCCAGUACGCUCAACUUAUCGUGAGAGGUGUUCUGGGCCUCUUCAAUGCCGGCGCGCUGUUGGUGUUUAAGUCCAAUGUAGGAAAAGCGUACGGGAAGUCGGUUGCGAGGUGGUAUGCGCUGCUUCAACUGAGCCAAUUUCAUAUUAUCUUCUAUGCUUCCAGAACACUGCCCAAUAUGUUCGCCUUUGGCUUGACCACGUUGGCCUUUUCGCAGUUAAUAGGAGAUCCAGCUCAGAAGAGCCAGGUCUGGCGCUAUAGGUUGGCUAUUGCAUAUCUUACCAUAGCCACCGCCGUAUUCAGGUCCGAGUUAGCGAUCCUCAUGGUUACCGUCACCCUUUAUGGCCUGGUUCAGUCGCAUAUCUCCUUGUCUGAAAUCAUCCCUGCCUUCAUCGUCUUCUUUGCCGUGUCUCUAUCGCUGACGAUACCGAUCGACUCAUAUUUCUGGCAGAAGCCGCUAUGGCCAGAACUAUGGGGGUUUUACUACAACGCCAUUCUUGGAUCCUCCUCUGAAUGGGGUGUUUCCCCCUGGCACUACUAUUUCACAUCCGCUUUGCCUAAGAUCCUUACCAACCCGUUGAGCUCGACUGUCCUCAUCCCCUAUGCGCUUUGGAAUACAGGGACGAGGAAACAGGCCCAGUCGCUAGUAGUCCCUAGUCUUCUAUUUGUGGCGAUAUAUUCUCUUCAGCCGCACAAAGAGGCUCGUUUCAUCUUCUAUGUUGCGCCAUCGUUGACAGCAGCUGCGGCUUUAGGGGCGGAUUAUAUCUUCAUGAGACGUAAUAAGUCGGUUGCCUUCUUGCUUACUUCUCUCGCAAUAGUUGGAUCGGUACUUGUUUCGUUUGGUCUCAGUACUGCUAUGUUGGUUAUAUCUUCUCUAAAUUAUCCCGGCGGUGAAGCGCUCUCGGAACUUCGCAAUAUUGUUACUUCGUCUUCGUCUUCUGACCUCCAGACUGUCAUGGUCCAUACGGACGUAUUGUCGUGUAUGACAGGUGUGACUCUCUUCGGACAACAUCCCUACCCUCCUAACGACCCGCACCCGGCAAAUGGAUUGACGUUCAAUUACGACAAGACGGAAGACGAGAAUACCUUACGAAUCCCGUCGUUCUGGGAGAAGUUUGACUACGUGCUCGCCGAAGAUCCGGCUUCAGUUGUCGGCACUUGGGAGACGAUUGGCGUGGUGGAGGGUUUUGCCGGAGUCGAACUAACCAAACCGAGUGCACCCUCCGGCGGCGACACUGGAAACGACCAAGACAGGGUAUUCGGCAGAGGCGAGCUUGUGAGAAGAGUGAAAGAUUCCGUUAGAGCGGUAACCGGUGGUUGGUGGAUUGGCCCGAGGAUGGAGCCGAAGAUACACCUGUUGAGAAAAAUGCGCGAGGGUGAGGCUAGACGAGCUGCUGAAAAGAUCAAAGUCGAUUGCCGAACUCGGGAUACUAUAUUCCCCGAUAUGGCUCUGCGGCCCGUAGAUUACCAUCGGGUGGAAGAAGACGUGGAAAGGUCCGGUGACGGUGAUGGUAACGGUGGUGGUAACGGUGACACCGAAUACCGCCCCGCUGGUGUAGGCUUAGAACGGGGCUGA